CCCCCCCAUGCUUGCGUAGAAUUUUCUAGAAGAGUCAGGCCACCAUUUUGAAACAGACUUUGUAGACAAAAGGCAGGGUUGUGUUUCAGCCGCGGAAAAAUUAUCUUGUUGCAGUUUAUUUUCCAUUUCAGAACAUAAACCGCGCCAUUAAGAUGAGGCAGCGAGAAACCACAAGUUGGUCACCAGCUGGUCAAGAAAGCGGCUGGAAGGACAAGACAGGAGGCCGAAAGCGCAGUCGAAGAGAGAGCCACAGCAGCGAACGGGAGAACAAGUACUGUAAACGUCACCAUCAGCGUAGAAGCAGCGAUGGGCAUUACCUGGAGAGCCGGAGUCUGAACGAAAAACAGGGGACGAAGGCCAGAGCUGUGGAUUCAGGGUACGACAUGGACAGCCAUGUGAGUGUCUCAAGAGAGAAGGACCGGUAUCGGGUACGCCACCGGGACCGCAACUGGCAUCACUACAGCAAAUCAUCCGGCUACAGUGGCCAGAGCAGCCGGCAUGGGCGGAGACGCAGCCGAAGUCGCUCUCGUCACCGCCGCUCUCACUCGAGGAGCCAUCGCAGGAAAAGAUCCAGAAGUGUUGAGGAUGAUGAGGAGGGGCACCUGAUCUAUCACAGUGGAGACAUACUCAGGGCGAGAUAUGAGAUCGUGUGCACACUUGGAGAGGGUGCAUUUGGAAAAGUAGUUGAAUGCAUCGAUCACAAAAACCGACGUGCUCAUGUUGCUCUGAAGAUUAUUAAAAAUAUUGGACGUUAUCGGGAAGCAGCCAUGUCCGAGGUCGAAGUACUGGAACAUAUAAACUCUCUCAACACUGACAAAACAUACUGCUGUGUUCAUAUGCUUGACUGGUUUGACCACCAUGGCCAUGUGUGCAUUGUGUUCGAACUGCUCGGAUUAAGCACUUUUGAUUUCCUGAAAGAAAACAACUUCCAGCCUUUUCCAAUCGACCAGAUCAGGCACAUGGCUUACCAGAUCAUCAGAGCAGUGAAGUUCAUGCAUCAAAACAAGCUGACGCACACUGACCUGAAACCAGAGAACAUAUUGUUUGUUGAUUCAGAGUAUAAGCUGGAGUACAAUUCAAAAAUGAAGAGAGACGAGAGGACAGUGAAGAGCCCCGAUAUAAAAGUCGUUGAUUUUGGGAACGCCACGUACGAUCACGAGCAUCACACAACCGUGGUAUCCACAAGGCAUUACCGUGCACCUGAAGUCAUUCUGGAGCUGGGUUGGGAUCAAUCUUGUGAUGUCUGGAGCGUGGGUUGCAUUCUUAUUGAGUACUACCUUGGAACAACACUCUUCCAGACCCAUGACAGUAAAGAACAUCUGGCUAUGAUGGAAAGAGUUCUGGGUCCCAUACCAACACAGAUGCUUCAGAAGACCAGGAAACGGCGCUUUGUCCAUCACAACAAACUAGACUGGGACAUGCACUCCUCAUCAGGACGAUACGUCCGGAAACAUUGCAAACCUCUUAGAACCUACAUGACCUCCAAAAGCCUGGCCCAUGAACAGCUGUUUGACCUCCUCGAGAAGAUGUUGGAAUACGACGUGUCCAAAAGGAUCACUCUGGACGAAACUAUCAAACACCCAUUUUUUGAUGCUCUUAGGAAGGGGCACAAAUAAAACAAAACCAACAAAAAGUUUUUUUUACUCUCUGUGAGAGUCUGUGUUUAGAGGACUGCAUCAGUCCCAGAUAUGUCCAGAUCUUUCCCUUUUCCUUGUAAUGUGUAAAUUAUGAUAUCUGUAACUUAUUGUAUUUUAUACAAUCAACAAACAGCUGAAGAUGUGAAGGGUUUCUGUUAAGUCUUAUUUCCUCAUUUGUUGCAUUAGUAACGUAACUUGAUUAAUUCAUUGGGUUGCCAUUUUGUGUUAAUAGGUGUGUACAUUUUUUGAUUUUCUGACUUUCAAAUAAAACAAUUACAUUGAA